UAUCACAUUACAAUAAUUUAGACGAACUACCUACGAAAUAAACCAAUCUUCUUCACAACCCUGGGCAAGCCAGAAAUGUAAUGAAAAUGCGAGGUCGCGUCAUCUGGAGGCAGUGUAAUACCAGAGACACUGUGUCCUAGGACAUGAGUAAACUCAGCGGUCCCAAGACUCAUUUCAAAAAUAGAUUUAAUCAUUGAUUUGUCCAAUAGGACAAUUUCAGAGAUUAAACUGAAAAGAACAGAUACUACACUUGAUCUAAGCCAAUAGGCAAAGAGAGCUAAAGAGAAAAGAAAAAAAAUAUCAAAAGGAAGGGGGGAGGGCGAGUAUAUAUAGGCAGCGAAAAUUUUCGAAAUCACGCUAGUGCUAAUCCAAUCCUGUGCGAAAGGGGAUUAGUUUCCGGUCCCAAACUGCCUGCAGCUAGCAAUUGUUUGUCGUGUUUGCACUUUCCCAAUUCAGCGUGGCCACCCACCAAGAGAUGUUUGCUGUGUUUGCACUUUCCCCGCAAGCUCCCACUGUCCAACGUGCCCCCCACCAACAGACAACGCUGAAGAUGACCCCGCGAUGACCGCGUUGAUCUGAAUUGCGCCCACUAUCCAUGGCCCACGCAUAAAUGACAGGACAAUAUAUAUAACUCCCGAUUACGCCCCCUUCUCGACCAUGGCUCAGGCCGACACCUUCGAGUUCCCGGCCUUCUAUUCCUUUCCCCCGUUCUUCUCGCCCCAGCCGUCGACCACCACCGAGCACGCGCGUCGCAGCAAAUGGAGCAGCCUCAUCCUCGCCUACUGUCGGCAGAAGAAGCUCUGGAAGCUGACGCUGGUGGAUGCCAUCGACACGGAUCUGUUCUGGAAUAAGACGAUCAAUAAGCGGGUUAGCCUCGCGGAUGCGAAGGAUAUUGUGAAUGCGAUGAGGAAGGAGGGAAGGGCGGAGUGGCUGGGCGGGAAGAAGGAUAGCGAGAGUAAAGAGGUGGCAUGGAUCUAUUGGAGGACACCGGAAGAAUGGGCGGGGUUGAUAUAUGACUGGGUUGACGAGACGGGACAGAAGAACGUUGUGCUUACACUAUAUGAACUUACAGAGAGCGAAGCGACGAUAUCACAGGAGUUCCAUGGCAUGGAUCCAGACUUAUUACAGCGGGCGAUGGGUGUUCUUGUAAGGAGAGGCAAGGCGCAAGUAUUUGGGCAGGAAGACGAACAAGGUGUUAAAUUCUUCUAGACUAUGAAAUAAUACAAAAUAUUAGUUUCAAAAAGCC